AUGUGGGUGGUCUUAACAGUGAGAUUUCCUCAAGGAAUUUGUAAACAAGAAAUGUUUUGUGAUUCAGGAGUAAGUGAAUGUACACAUUUAGGAUCAACACUACUGAUAUUCACUUCAUUGUACUCGACUUUCAUGCUUAAAACCAUCAAUCAAGACGGUUUCAUUAAUCAAGUGAUGGAAAAAAAGCACAUAACACUAGUAGAAAAGAUCUCACAUCUUUUAUGCACUAAAAUGUUUGUCUGCGGGAUUUUCUCCUUAAUCUGUGUGAAACGGUCCAUGGGGAAAAGUGGUAAUAAUAUUCUGUUCUGUUUAGCUUAUCCAUCCAGUUUUGUGUUCGAAGUACUUAAAUCACCUAGAGAAAGUCUACAAGACCCUAUUUCCUAA